AUGCACCAUAGGAGCUCGAGGGAGCAGGGGGAGAAGAGCCAAUGCAAAGCUGGCGAAACCGUAGUCGAGAAUAGCUGUACAGUCGAAGCAGAGGACGAGGCCGAAUUUCCACCCAUGCCUCCAAUCAACCAAACGGCUGCCAUUCCACCAGCUUCAGCUGCUGAGAGCGAUCUGGGAACUCUGCAAGAACAACUCAAAACAGCUCUCUCGGGUCGGGCCGAAGCUGAAGCAGAACUUGCCACUACUGUGAUUGAAUGGGAUGAGCUGCGAUUGCAGGCAGAUGAACUACUGCAAUCGGAGCUUGAUGAGAUCAACAAUGACGAGCAACAGCAACAAUUGCCGGGGUUUGCUAGUCUCAAGCUUCGAUUUCAGGCCCUUCACUUGCCAAUUCAAACCGAGACAUUGCCAUAG